CUGCUAACCUACAUUUGAACAGUUUGAUAAAAGCGCUCCGAGCUUUGAGACGUCGCAAAUGUCACAAAUUUCGGCCACGUGCUAGGAAGUGGUGUUUUUUUGCUUAAAUAGACCUUCACAGAUGUGAUGGAAAAAUGAACGCGACAUCUCCGAAAUCAUCACUGGCCAAACUCGGCCUUUACCCUCGACCUAAAACUUUGAAAGUCAUGGUUUUAGGACAAAGCGGUGUCGGAAAAUCAGCGAUGGUUGUGCGAUUUAUUACUAAAAGAUACAUAGGAGAGUACGAUCCAACUCUGGAAAAAGUUUACGCUUUUCACACUGUGAUUGACAACGAAAUGGUUUAUUUUGAUAUCCUUGAUACGGCAGGACAACCACAUGAAAGCGAAUGCUUGGCUUUGGAAGCGAACAUUCGUUGGGCCGAAGCGUUCAUUCUGAUGUACUCCGUGACCGACAAAUGCUCCUUCGACGAAUGCUACCGUCUCAAAUUCCUCAUUAACUAUAACAAACGACGCCGUCGUCUCGGCGGCACUUCCAAAGACCCCAUUCUCGACGUCCCUGUCGUCCUCGUCGGUAACAAAAUCGACCAAAUGGAAGACCGCAUGGUCACUCUCGAAGAAGGCCAACGCCGUAGCAAAGAAAUCGGCUGUGUUUGCUUCCACGAGAUUUCCGUCCAGGAAAGCAUCGACCAAGUGUGGUCGGUUUUCCGGGACGUUUGCCGCUUUUGGCGCGUACAGAAUAAAAAUCCCAAGAUGAGGAGAAGUGGGAGCGAAAAGGAGCCGAUGAGUCCUGAUAGCGUUAAGUUACUUUGUUCGGCGGCGGUAUCUCCCAGUGGGCUUAUACCCAAUUGUAGGAUUGGGAUGUUCAGUCGGAGGUGGACGGAAGUGGAGUUGGAGGAGGAGGAUGAGGAUGAAAGUAAAGAGAGCAAUGCAAGUAGUCCCGGAGAAAAUAUUCCGUUUAGGGAGAGGGCAUCGACGGAUGGACAUCUACAGCAGAGACCGUGGAGGUGGAGGUAUCCUCCUAUUGGGUCAGGAGGAUCGCAGGAUUUAAGUGCCAGAGCUGAGAGGAGGAUGAGCAUUUCUAUGAGAGGGAAUAACGCCAGCUAUUAAGCAGAAAUUCUGCUUUAUUGAAUGAUGCAGUUAGGAUUUUUCAGACAUUUUAACAUCAGUUUUAAAAUGUACUUCUGAAUUGAGAUAUUGACUAUGAAAGUCUUAGGUGCAACACGUUGUACUUAUAUUUAUUUUGGAAUUAAAACGACAAUAAGAGCUGGCGAAUUUAAGGAUAAAGCACUGAUUUAUCAACUAACUAAUGACCACAUUUGCUGUGAUUUAAUGUUCGUCGUAACAUAAUCAAACAAAAUGUAUAUGUAAAAAUAUUUAUUCUAUAUUAAUGUUUUAUGAAUUCGUAUCCAAUAUUCAUUCCAUUGUGAUGUUUUAAGGUGUUAUAAUAAAGAUAAAUA